AUGGCAGGAAGUAAAUUGGAUGUCCUUUGGUCUCCCAUUCACCAUGAUAAAUUUAUCGUAUGGGGUCAAGACUUAACCUUAUACGAAGUAUCUAAUCUUCAAGAUAUACCCAAAAACGCUGCAUAUACCCAACUGUGUCCAACAAGAGGAGCCACAGUAGUAGCAUCACAGAGUGCCAGCGGAGUUCGUUGUGUGGACAUCAGUGCUGUUGUUGAACACCCCGACCCGCUGCUGGCUCUAGGACAUGGGAGUGGACGAGUGUUACUCACAAGCUUCAAACAGGCAUAUGACUCACUAGGCCUUGUGGGAAAAGAAUUUGUGCCCCGCUACCCGCGCCAAUGCAACUCGGUGUCAUGGAACAAAACGGAGGGUCACCUGCUGGUGGUGGGUAUGGACAAACAUCGCAGCGACAGUGCCGUGCUGCUGUGGGACGUACAAGCGGGCGCCGGCGACGACUUCACUGAGAGCGGUCCAUUGAGCGCGGCGGGCGCGGGCGAGGCGGCGGGCUGCGUGUCCUGGUGCGGGUUCGCGCCCCGGACCGUGCUGGCCUCCAUGACCUCCAAACACAUCAAGAUAUUCGACAUGAGAGAGAACCCGGGUAAGGCGAGCAGCUCGGUGUCGACUCGUCAGUGGGCCGGAGCCACGUGCGCCGGCUGGCUGGUUGCGGCGAGGGGCGAGGGUGGGGAGGCGGCGCUGUGUGUGAGGGACGCGCGCAUGUUGACCAGGGCGCUGGCCGUGCUGCCGCUACAGAGACCCGCCAGGAAGAUACACUGGAGCCCCACCAGCACACGCACGACCCGCGUCGGCAGUCCCUCGACGUACGACCGACAUGACUCGCUUCAUUGUGUUAACGUUCGACGAUCAUUCAAUAGUUCAUUCGUGACUACGGUCCUCUUGCAGGCGGCUGCGACGCCGGCCUUGGAGGAGGGCGGGGCGGGGUCCGGCGGCGGGGCGGGGGGUGCGGCUGUGGAGCGUGACGUCACAGUGAGCGGCGUGCCGGUGGCCUCGUUCGCGUGUCACCCCGCACACCGCGCGAGGCUCCUCACGCUCACUACUACAGGCUGCGUGGCGGAGUACAUGGUGCUGGAGCGCGUGUGCGUGUCGUGGGGCGCGAGCGGCGCGCUGGCGUGGGGCGGCACGUCGCUGAGGGUGCUGCGGCCCGCGCGCCUGCCGCCCUCCACGCCCGACCUCGACAUCUCCUACAAGGCGCGCGCGAGAGCUCUCAACGACUACGGCCUCAAGCCCGACCUGUGGCAGAACGCGGAGCUGGCGGAGGACGAGUCGCUGAGCUCGCUGUGGCACUUCCUGGCUCUCAGCAAGUCACUCGUGGAGGACGGCUGCAUCCGCAACAGUGGGUGGAAGCACCCGGGCGUGCGGUCGGUGCUGCGGUCCCCGGGGGAGGGGUACCGCUCGGAGGCCGUGUCCGCGCUGCUGCCCGACCUGCCCUCGAGGAAGGUCACCGUGUACCGGAGCGCCGAGCGGACCAGGGCGCUGCAGCUGUGCGGCUGGGGCUGGGGCUGGGAGAACGCCGCGGCCGGCGUGGAGCGCGCAGAGGCCGAGGGGACGCCGUGCCGCGCCGCCGCGCUCGCCGCCUUCCACCUGCGCGUGCGGGCGGCGCUCGACGUGCUGGCCCGCGCCCGCGCCCCCGCCCUCAGGGUGGCCGCGCUCGCCCUGGCGCCGGCCGCGGCGGGCGCGCCCGAGGAGCGCCUGUGGCGGGACGCGCUGUCCGCCGCGGCGCCCGCGCUGCCCGACCCCUACCUACGCGCGCUGCUCCACUUCGUGGCAGCCGCGGCGCCUCCGCCCCAGCAGCCCCCCGCCCCUCACCACCAGCCGGACUACUCCGACGUGCUCGUGAGUAGUUAUGAAUCCUCUCUCAGGGACCACAUUACAGUUUGA